CAGCACCUACUGGGACAAAGGGUAGUGUGUUGUUUGGGAAAGAGAAGUUCAGAAAAAACACAUCAACCUUCUGAUUCUGCAGAGCCAAUUCUUUCAAUGUGAGACUGUGAGAGGAAGGAAAAAGCUGAAACCUUGAAAAUUUUGCCAUCUGGGUGCAAAGUCCAUACUGAAGCUUCAGCUCAGCAGUCUCUACACAGAGACACACCAAACUCUCACUCUUCAGUAUCCUACUGACCUGGCUGUAUCAGAGGGACUUUCAUCUCCCAGAAGUCAAGCCUAGGAGCAUCUGUGAAACUAGGUGUGGACACAGCAUUUCAGAUUCCUAAUGGCUUCAAGUGGCGCAGUGAGCUGCUUCAGAUAAGCGAGCUGUGGUGAGAACAGCAGCAGAAAGGGAAAUACACGCAGCCAAGCCGUUCUCCAAGAUGUUUCCACUGCAAGGUGCACAGAUGUUGCAGAUGCUGGAGAAAUCCCUGAUUAAGCGCAUUCCGGCAUCCUUAAAGGUUUAUGGGACUGUCUUUCACAUUAACCAUGGAAAUCCAUUCAAUCUAAAAGCCUUGGUGGACAAGUGGCCUGAUUUUAAUACAGUAGUUAUCCGCCCUCAUGAGCAAGAGAUGACAGAUGACCUUGAUCACUAUACCAAUACUUACCAAGUAUACUCCAGGGACCCUCAAAACGCUCAGGAAUUCCUUGCCUCUCCAGAAGUCAUCAAUUGGAAGCAACAUUUCCAAAUUCAAAGUUCACAAUCGGACCUGAACGAAGUGAUACAAAAUCUUGCAAAGUCAAAAUCUUACCAAGUCAAACACUCACAAAACUUCCUCUAUCUGGCAUCUCAGACAGCUAAGAAACUGGCCCCUUCCCUCCUGGAUACAAAGAAUUUAUCCCCGAGUGGUGGCAAGCCCAAGGCUAUCAAUGAAGACAUGUUUAGGCUCUCACCCCUAAAUGUUACCCAUGCUGCCUUUUUGAAUACAUUUUGGGCCUUUGGUGGUAAUGAGAGGAGCCAGAGAUUCAUCGAGCGCUGUAUCCAGACUUUCCCCAGCUUCUGUCUGCUGGGGCCUGACGGUAAACUUGCAUCCUGGUGUCUAAUGGACCAGACUGGAGAAACGCGGGUAGCAGGCACCUUGCCUGAGUACCGGAGCCAGGGUCUUGUCUCCUAUGUUGUCUACACACUAGGCCAGACUAUGGACAAGCUUGGUUUUCCUGUCUACUCUCACACAGACAAGAGCAACAAGGCCAUGCAGAAAAUGAGUUACACUUUGCAUCAUAUCCCCAUGUCCUGUGACUGGAACCAGUGGCACUGUACUCCUCUGUGAGGCUGGUGGUGUUGGGUGGGCCUGGACAGUCAAUGGUGGACACAAAGAAAGAAUACACUCUAAUAAGAAAAAAAGGA